AUGGCGGAGCGCGUUCAGCAGCCCCCAGCUAAACGGCUCUGCUGCCGACCCGGGUACGGAACGGCGUGCAGGCAGGGGCAGCGGCCCGGCGGGACGGUAUGCGGCGGGGGCGCCAGUGGAGCCUCGGGCUCCGGUCAAGGAGGACCGAGCAGGACGCACAGUCCGGAGUCACUGUUGGACAUUGCGGCGAGACGAGUGGCCGAGAAGUGGCCGUUCCAGCGGGUGGAGGAGCGCUUCGAGCGCAUCCCGGAGCCCGUGCAGCGGCGGAUCGUGUACUGGUCUUUUCCACGGAGCGAGCGCGAGAUCUGCAUGUAUUCAUCGUUCAACACGGGCGCGGAGGAGAGUGCGGCCACCGCCGCCGAGGGCAGCGACGAGACCCGGCUGCCCUUCCGACGGGGCAUAGCGCUGCUGGAGAGUGGCUGCGUGGACAACGUGCUGCAAGUCGGCUUUCAUCUCAGCGGGACAGUAACAGAGCCAGCCACGCCAUCUGAGCCAGAGGUGGUGUGUAGUGUGGCCAUCAGCUUCGACCGUUGCAAGAUCACCUCUGUGACGUGCGGCUGUGGCAACAAGGACAUCUUCUACUGUGCCCAUGUGGUGGCACUUUCUUUGUACCGUGUACGGCGGCCCGAACAGGUCAAACUGCAUCUACCCAUAUCAGAGACACUCUUCCAAAUGAACCGUGACCAGCUGCAGAAGUUCGUACAGUACCUCAUCACCGUUCACCACACAGAGGUGCUGCCCACAGCCCAGAAACUGGCUGACGAAAUCCUGUCACAGAACUCCGAGAUCAAUCAAGUACAUGGGGCACCAGACCCCACGGCAGGGGCCAGUGUAGACGAUGAGAACUGCUGGCAUCUGGACGAGGAGCAAGUCCAGGAGCAGGUCAAACUCUUUCUGUCGCAGGGGGGCUACCACGGCUCGGGGAAGCAGCUCAACCUCCUCUUCUCCAAGGUUCGGGAGAUGCUAAAGAUGCGGGACUCGAAUGGGGCACGCAUGCUGACACUGAUCACAGAGCAGUUCAUGGCUGACCCACGGCUUGCUCUGUGGAGGCAGCAGGGCACCACCAUGACGGACAAAUACCGUCAGCUCUGGGAUGAACUGGGUGCCUUGUGGAUGUGCAUUGUGCUGAAUCCUCACUGCAAGGCCGAACAGAAGGCUGCCUGGCUCCGGCAGCUCAAGAAGUGGAACGGCGUGGACGUGUGCCCCUGGGAGGAUGGUAACCACGGCAACGAGCUGCCCAAUUUAACCAACGCUUUGCCUCAGGGUGCACACGGCAACCAAGAUUCAGGCACCCGGCCACACCGGACAGUGUUCACACGAGCCAUCGAGGCGUGCGAUCUCCACUGGCAGGACAGCCACUUGCAGCACAUUAUCAGCGACGACCUCUAUACCAACUACUGUUACCAUGACAACACUGAAAAUUCGCUCUUUGACUCCCGCGGUUGGCCCUUGUGGCACGAGCACGUCCCAACAGCCUGUGCCAGGGUAGAUGCACUGAGGUCCCAUGGUUACCCACGGGAGGCACUGCGACUGGCCAUCGCCAUUGUCAACACCCUGCGCCGGCAGCAGCAGAAACAGCUGGAGCUCUUCCGGAACCACAAGAAAGACCUGCUUCAUAAAGGGAUGACCUCCAUUACAAAUCUGGAGGGAUGGGUGGGUCACCCAUUGGACCCCAUUGGGACGCUCUUCAGCACCCUCAUGGAGACUGGGCGGAGCGAUGAGGAGAGCUCACAGGGUGGCUUCCUGGACUUCUCAGGCAUGAUGAGCUCCAGUAAGCAUGCAGAUCUGCACCUGUUCCCCUCGGCGCGGCGCUUUCUGGAGGAGGGCGAGUCCUACCUGGCCCUGGCGGUGGAGACGGCUCUGAUGGGGUUGGGUCAGCAGAGGAUCAUGCCUGACGGCCUGUACGCCCAGGAGAAGGUCUGCCGCAACGAGGAGCACCUCAUCGCCAAGCUGCAGGAGGUGGAGCUGGAUGACUCGCUCAUCAAAAUCUUCCGCAAGCAAGCUGUCUUCCUGUUAGAGGGUGGGCCCUACAGUGGUUUGGGGGAAAUCAUCUACAGAGAGAGUGUUCCAAUGCACACAUUUGCCAAGUAUCUCUUCACCUCCCUCCUACCUCAUGAUGCCGAACUGGCAUAUAAAAUUGCACUGAGAGCAAUGCGAUUACCAGUGUUGGAAUCCACCGCUCCUUCCGGUGACAUGUCCCGGCCUCACCAUAUAGUAUCCGUUGUUCCUAACCGCUACCCACGAUGGUUCACCCUCAGCCACAUCGAGUCCCAACAGUGUGAGCUGGCGUCCACCAUGCUCACUGCAGCCAAAGGUGAUGCUCGAAAGUUGGAAACAGUAUUAGAGUCCAUCCAGAAGAACAUACACUCGUCCUCUCAUAUCUUUAAACUAGCGCAGGAUGCCUUUAAAAUAGCCACACUCAUGGACAGCCUGCCUGACAUCACUCUGCUGAAAGUGUCCCUGGAGCUGGGCCUUCAGGUUAUGCGAAUGACGCUUUCAACACUGAACUGGCGAAGACGAGAGAUGGUACGAUGGUUAGUCACUUGUGCCACAGAAGUGGGAGUCUACGCACUGGAUAGCAUCAUGCAGAGCUGGUUUACCCUCUUCACACCCACUGAGGCCACCAGCAUUGUGGCUACCACAGUCAUGUCCAACAGCACCAUCGUCCGGCUGCACCUGGACUGCCACCAGCAGGAGAACCUGGCCAACAGUGCACGGACAUUGGCACUGCAGUGUGCAAUGAAGGACCCACAGAACUGCGCCCUCUCAGCCCUCACCCUCUGUGAGAAGGACCACAUUGCCUUUGAGACGGCCUACCAGAUCGUGUUGGAUGCCGCCACCACAGGCAUGAGCUACACGCAGCUGUUCACCAUCGCACGCUACAUGGAGCACCGUGGCUACCCCAUGCGGGCCUACAAACUGGCCACCCUGGCCAUGGCCCACCUCAACCUCAGCUACAACCAGGACACGCACCCAGCUAUCAACGACGUGCUUUGGGCGUGCGCGCUCAGCCACUCCCUGGGCAAAAACGAGCUGGCCGCCAUCAUACCCCUAGUGGUCAAAAGUGUGAAGUGCGCCACCGUGCUUUCUGACAUUUUGCGGCGGUGCACGCUGACCACGCCUGGCAUGGUGGCGCUCCACAGCCGCAGGAACUCUGGGAAGUUGAUGUCAUUGGACAAAGCCCCACUAAGACAGCUCCUGGAUGCCACAAUCGGGGCGUACAUCAACACCACACACUCGCGGCUAACUCACAUCAGCCCGCGCCACUACAGCGAGUUCAUCGAGUUCCUGAGCAAAGCCCGAGAGACGUUCCUCAUGGCACACGACGGACACAUCCAAUUUACACAGUUCAUAGACAACCUAAAACAGAUAUACAAAGGCAAAAAGAAACUGAUGAUGCUCGUGCGAGAGAGGUUCGGUUAAGCCGUAAAUCUCCUUUUUUUCUCCUUUUACUUGAGUCUGCCUUUGUAUCCUUUCUAAAUUAAAGCAACGAGGAAAAAAAUAGGGGGGGAAAAAACAGAAAAUGAUACAACAAAAAAAAAACAGUAAGAGCCACACCGGUAUUAUGUGUAUAGACUUAUUUAGUUUGCGAAAAAGGAAAAAAAAUGUCAUGUUGUGGAAGUUUUAUGUGUUUCCCUUUAUUUGUAUGGAAGUGCGUGAGAGCGAUAAGAGGGGGAAAAAAGAAAAAAUCUUUUUUUUUUUUUUUUUUUUGGUUUACACUGAGUAUAUGUUGUCCAGUGGCAAAAGCCCACAUAGCACUCCAGAUAUCUGUCAACAUUCACAGCCUCAAAGAGAAGAAAAAUGGCUUUAAACCAAACAGAGCACCUCCAUCCUAAGUGACAAGUACCUCGUAUGGCUCCAGCUUUACUCCUUCCUAAUCCAUUCACACGUUAUCAGUGUACUAAAGAAGUGUUGGAUACGAAGAAAAACAACUAAAAAAACCAGUUUGGGACAUGUAGUAAUUUUUUUUUCCUUUCUUUUUCCUUUCUCUUCUGUUUCUACCAGGCUAAUUACGUGGCUUUGCAGUGCUGUUCAUCCAGAAGCAUGUCACAUAAUAUACAGAUGCUCACAGAUACACCUAGAAAAAAACCCAUUGUGCUUGCGCUUGUGGAAACUUUAGCGACUGUCGACAUACAUUCUCAGGGAUUUCUCAAGAAAAAAAAAGAAAAAAAAAAGAAAAUGAUCAUGAAAAAAAGAAUGAGAGCAUUUUAUUGUACUGUAUAUAUGAUAGUAUAUGUCUGAAUAUUGAAAAAAAUGUAUACGUUAACUAAUUUAUAAAAGAAUAUUCUAUGUAAUGCAAAAUACUUGAAGCUGCAGUACCUUGGUUUAAAAAAAAAAAAGAAGGAAAAAACAUAUCAGAGGGACUAAAAGUGCGCCUUGCUUCAGGGGGCUGGAAUUGGACAGUGGACUUUUGUACGCUGGGUACCUAUGCAGAGUCACCUUAGCCGACUGCAUGAUCCAACUGCUAUAUCGGGGUAAAAAAAAUACACGAACGGGGGUUUGUGUUUUGUAUGUAUAUACAAAAUGUAUGUAUCCAGUGUACACCCAACUGUACAGGGCACCAGUGAAUAUAGAGCAGCGGAAAAAACAGUAGUAUCCAGUUGCCGCCCUACAGACCAAGCCAUCCUGUAGCGAAGCCUCAGUUUGGCCAGAAAAAGACCCAGCUGGUGCGAAUGUUAGCCAGUUAGUUAUCUAGCUGAAGUGUUGGUGAGGUAGCUAAAUCAUUAAUAUUGGGUACAGUGGAUAAGGUUAGGGCUAUGGUUACUUCCCCAACCUAGCUAGCUAACACACAGAAAGAGUGGUUUUAAGUUAUUCAUCUUUAUGUAACUAUGUACCUGGACCAAACCUAAUCUUAAAUAAUCUAUCCUCACCAGCACUUUAGCUAGCUAGCUAAUUUAACUGUUGAUUAAAGUGUUGAGGUAACUCCCAUUAACGCUGAGUAAAAUGGUUAAGGUUAGGGCUGUGGUUAGUUACCUGCCUAACCAGGUUAGCUACUGUAAAUUCUUCCCUCAAAAUGAAAGGGUUAGGAUGAAAGAUAGGGAUAGCUACACUGUCUAGUGUUUUUUUUUUUUUUUUUUAAGUUAUUCAGCUUUAUGUAACUAUGUUCCUGGAGCAAACCUCCAGGAACAUAGUUUUUUAGUGCUAACAUACCUUUAUCUAAUGGUGUUGUGAACUAUCUCGCUAGCUAGCUAACUGAAGUGUUGAUUAAAGUGUUGGUGAGGUAGUUCACAUUAACGCUGAGUAAGAUUGGUACUGUUAGGACUAUGGUUAGUUACUUCCUUCACUUAGCUACUGUAAAUUGAAUGUGGCUAGCUUACUGAGGAGUCUGAAACAGUUUAUUAGUGUUAACAAAAGUUUGCCAGUACUUACCUAGCUAGCUAACUUGAGUAGCUCGCUAGCUAAUGGGCUAAUUUCCACCCAAGCCGAGCACUUGCCCAGCCAGGGGCUUCGUCUGCAGGGCAGCAGCUAGAUGUCACUCCAAAAAACCAGAGCAGCAAGCCUUAGCAUUAAGAGAUAGGGGAAUGCAACAAAUCGCAGGCCCGUGUGCCUCAAAAGCGCCUAGAAAUGUAGAUCCAAGCAGAAACCGAAACUUUUAGUAAAUUAACGUUCCGAGCAAACACACACACUCGCGCGCGCAGUAAUAUCGGCCUGACCACAUUCACGUCUCUUUCCACGACGAUCGAGUCACGAAGAAGCUCCAUUUGUUUUUGUUUUUUAUGCACAAUAACAUGUACACAUGCCUAUUCUGCUGAUAUCUUGACUUUGUGCAGGACAGAAAGUUGCUGUGUAGGUCUGACUGUUCCACAUUUUUUUAAUGCUUUUUUUUUUUUCCAUUUUCAUUUUGUUCCUCUAGAAUUCCUCAAACAAGAACAGCCUUCUUUCUUGCCUUGUCUUAACGCUUUAAAAUAACCAAACUGGAGUUCUAACUUACCAAACCUUGUUCAUUAAAAUGAAAGCCAACCAACUUUGGUUACAACUUUUAGUGUCUUUUCUUUUUUUUUCCUUUUUCUUUUUUCUUUUAUAGCUGAUGGUUCUGUACCUUGUGCUUUAAAAAGCAGUUUUCCUAUGUUUUUUGGUGCAAAGCGUUGUCGAGUGUCUCCUGUCCCCUUCCUUAGAGGUAUGUCUGUAGCUCUUUUUUUUGUUUGUUUGUUUGUUUGUUUGUUUAGAAACAGAAAUACCAUGUUCUCCAUUUUAUUUAUUAUAAAAGGUAAACGAUUGUACUUCAUCACCCGUGUCAACAUGCUCAUGAAGUUGAAUUUAAGAUUUGAUACACCGAUAUCAAUUUAUUUAUGUAACUAAAUCACUGUUUUAUAAACUUGUUAAUGAUUCAACAUUUUUUUUUGUUUUAAUUAAAAUUAGUUUUUUGAGAGGAA